AUGCACAGCCGAGGCCCGCCCGACCGUCGGCUAUCCUCGCCUAACACGAGCUCGACUACGCGACGUCAUUCUACACUACGGCGUCUGGCGUAUUGGAUUUCACUUCGGGCUGAUGCAAGUGUGGAGGGCUCGGGAUGCGUCAUCGGAGCGGCACGGCGUAGCGGUGAGGCUGCCGCGCGCUACGACACGAUUCGGAAUUUAAGGGGCGGGGACCAUCCCGCACUCUGCCCCGCUCCCUACACACGACGGUCGCUUCACUUUCAUACACGGUACAAGGCGGGCCUAAAGAAAUGGGCACUCUCAAGCCCUACACUUUUGUUGCCGAAUAAUAUUAGAGAAACGCCAUGCCGGCGAGAGUGC